AUGGGUGCCCGCAACCACCUCCCUGCAGUAAGUCGCCGAAGCGAAUCUUCCGACAACCUCGCCGGAAAACGCGGUCGCUUCAUGGAAUCUCCUUCGGUAGAUUGCGGGGUCUCCCGGAGCGGGUCAGGAGGAGGUCGGAGGAGCGAGUUGAGCAAAAGGAGCGAGCCGGCGUCGGGCAUCGACCGGAUCAUCGGAGGCACGCCCGUUCCCUCUCAGCUCAAAUAUCCCUGGAUGGCGUGGAUGGUGAACGCCUCGGGGCAGUUCACGUGCGGGGGAUCCCUCAUCAACGACCGAUACGUCCUCACCGCCGCCCACUGCGUCUCGUCAAAUCCGUCGGGGACCUACAUGGUGACGCUGGGAGACCUGGACAGAUCGACUUCGAGCGAGAGUCGUUCGAUCCAGAUCGCGGCGACGGCCAUCAUGCAUCCGGGGUUCGACGUGCCCACGUCCCUCAAUAACGACAUCGCUCUCCUCAAGCUCGCGACUCCCGUCGACUUCAGCGCGAAUCCCAACAUCAGGCCCAUCUGCGUCUCGUCCGCGGCCGUGCCGAAUCCGGGGGACACGGGCGAUGCUGGUGGACCAGUCAUGUUCCGCACUACGAAUGGGACCGUCCUGAACGUCGGGAUCAACUCGUUCGUCAUCAAGGGCUGUUUCACUCAAUUCGGCGGAGCUUACAUCAAAACAGCGAACUACGUGGACAGCUUCAUCAAGAGCAACACGGCGGACGCGCUGUGGUGUCCGGCGGCCUGAUCCUUUUCCUCCGUUUUCCAGCGUGUUCCUUUUUGUCUUCAGACUUUUCGUCCUGAGAACGGUUUCGUGCGAUGAUAUGCUUUUAUCGAGAGUGAAUUUGAUUUUGUCGUUCCACAGCCAGCG